UUUUCCCUUGUCCCCUAAACCGCGUCCUCUCCCCUCGCCUCCUCUCGUCUCCCCUCGGCUCCUCUCCCCUCGGCUCCUCUCCCCUCGCCUCCUCCUCUCGUCUCCCCUCGACUCCUCUCCCCUCGGCUCCUCCUCCUGAACCAUAAGGAGAUUUGCCGGCCAGCAGCCAGCUGAGCUCGGGGACAUUCCCCACCUUUUGUACGUUCCUGGUGAAGUGUUGCUGCUAAACCGUCUGCAGCUGGAGGACAGAAGCUGGAGCAUCCUUGAGGAUUCACACUUAAGGUAAGAGGAGGCUUGAAGGAAGGCCGCAGGGAUCAGCCCUCCCACUUGAGGAGCUCCUGUUGUAUUUAUCGUUGUAACUUAUUGCACUUUAACGCAUCACGAGUCUUUCCAAUGUGGUUGUGAUGGUUUAUUUACAGCCUGAUCGCAUUAAAGAUGGAGGUUUAUGAAGAGAUUCUUCUCUGACUUGACACACUUGAGAUUAUGGUCUGCACCGUGUUGACAUCACACCAUUACCCCCCCCCCCCCACCACCUCUUAUCUCGUAAAUGUUUUAUUUAUAUAUUAUUAGAAAGUGGUGAACCCUCAAAAAUAAAGUUUUCUUCAAUGAAAUGACCACAAAGGGAGAAUCUGUGAUGUUGGUAUUAAUGUUCCUCAUGUGAUGUAAUGUGUAGUUUUCUUUGUUUUUACAGGAACGUCAGAGGCAACGCUGACAUCCGUAAUGUGUUGUUCGAUCACUGCUGCUUAUUCUUUUCAUUUCAAAAGCAAAUCCUCACAUUUUAGAAGCUGAAAUAAGAGAAUAUUUGCUUAUUUCUUCUGAAAACCAGUUAAUGUCUGUUGAUAAGUGAUCAAUCGGUGAGGAGUUUGUAUUGAUCGUCUGAUCCACAAACACAAACCGCCGUGUUUACUUCACGUUGCAGGUUGUUCCCGGUCCUCGUCAGCCCCCUGUGUGGGUCAAAGGUCGAGGGGGGGGGGUCCCAUGACCAUGACCAUGAGGCAGGCGGUGGAGGCCCAGGCGUUGAACCCGUACUGUGAGCUGGGAGAACACGGCCUGCGUCAGAUCCUCAGCGACGUGAUCCAGGAGGUGAGGCGCUCCGUGGACCAGGACCUCGACGGAGCCCAGAUCCUCCACGGCCUGCUGACCGCCUCCUGGCUGCAGUCGCUGCUCAAGGUGUACGAGGCUCUUCAGAGGUUCCUGAGAGGUUCUCCAGCACCGGCUCUGGACCACGCCUCCAGACUCUCUCUGCAGGUCACCCUUCAGACGGUUUCAGGCAUCUUGCUGAUGGACAUCCGAGCGCUGCCGGGCUGCUCCGAAGACGCCAAGGAGCUCCACGGCCUCCUGAGACAGCCGCACCUGCAGGCGCUCCUCUCGGCCCACGACACCGUGGCCCAGAAGGACUACGAGCCGGUGCUGCCGCCGAUGCCGGACGACGAGGAGGAGGAGGCGACGAGGACCGUCUGCCUGGUGAAGAACAAGCAGCCUCUGGGAGCGACGAUCAAGAGGAACGAGACCUCGGGGCAGAUCUUCAUCGCUCGGGUGAUUCACGGAGGGCUGGCUGAGCGGAGCGGUCUGCUCCAUGCAGGGGACCGAGUCCUCGAGGUGAACGGUUUCCCUGUGGACGGGCUGGAACCCGAGCAGGUCAUCCAGGUCGUGCAAGCGAGGUCGCAGGGCACCAUCAUGUUCAAGGUCAUCCCCAUCACAGAGAGGCCGGUCCACAACCAGACGAUGCUCUACGUGAGGCCCAUGGUGGACUACAGCCCCCAGCAGGACCCGGCCAUCCCCUGCGCCGACGCUGGGAUGAGCUUCAGAAAAGGCGACAUCCUGGAGAUCGUGGACCAGACCGACGCCCUCUGGUGGCAGGCCAAGAAACUGCCCAGCAACGCGGCAUGCGCCGGCCUCGUCCCGUCGGCCAGCUUGCUGAAACGGAAGCAGAGGGAGUUCUGGUGGUCUCAGCCGUAUCAUCCUCAUGCCUGCACACAGACCCUGAGCACUGUAGAGGAAGAGGAAGACAUGCUGGCCAUCGAUGAGAGAUGCCUGGAAGCAGACGAGGGGGCGUUUGACUGUGAGGAGCUCCGGGAAGAGGAGGAUGACUUCUGCAGCAGCCUUGAUGGGAUCUAUUUGGCGGGGUUCCGCCGCAGCCUGCGUCUGUGCCGGCGCCGGUCUCACAGGACCACCCAGCCGUCCUGCCUCGCCCGCUGCCCCAGCAGCUGCCCCUACGAGGAGGUGGUGCGCUACCGGCGCCACCCGCAGGACGCACAGCGCCUCAUCGCCCUCCUCGGUCCGUCCGGGGUCGGCGUGAAUGAACUCCGGAGGCGCCUGAUUGACAUGAACCCCAACGUCUUCCAGGGAGCCGUGCCGCACACCACGAGAGCACCCAAAGGAUACGAGGAGUCCGGCCGAGAAUAUCACUUCACCAGCAGAGAGAUGUUCGACAACAUGGUUUACAACAACAGGUUUCUGGAUUACGGGGAGUACAAUGGGAAUCUGUACGGCACCAGCAUGGAGUCUGUGAGGGAAGUUCUAACCAGCGGGAAGAUCUGCGUUAUGGACAUCGAUCCGAAUGCCAUUCAGGCGGUGAGGAACCACGAGCUGAGGGCGUACAUCGUCUACGUGAAGCCGCCCUCGCAGGAGCGCCUCAAGGAGACCCGGCGGGACUCGCUCAUCACCACCAGCUGCUACGCCAGCCGCCCCUUCAAAGAGGAAGACUUCCAGGAGAUGGAAGAAGCCUCCCGGAAGGUCGAGUCCCACUUCUCGCAGUUCUUCGACGGCGUGAUCGUCAACGACGAGCUGCAGGACUCGUGCGUCCAGCUGCUGACGGCCGUCAGGAAGUCGCAGGACGAGCCGCAGUGGCUGCCGGCCAGCUGGAUACGACCCACGGCCACGUGAGAGAGGAGGAGGAGGAGGCGAAGGGAAACGAGACCACUGUUACCAUGGCAGCAAUUAUUUUCUUUUUCUUUUCACAGAUUCCUGACUGUGAAAUCUUAACAUGCAAAUUAAAUGUUAUGUUUUAGGGUGGUAGGGCAUGACAUCCAUUAAAUAUGUUGUUACUUAGGGUACUAGACCUGAUUACUAGAUAAGUAUGGAGCGCUUGAGCCCAAAGAAAUACGUGAAAUUGUUUACUUAUUAUUAUUAUUAUUAUUAGAGGCAGAUCAUUCUUGCCCUGCUACUUUCUCUUUUACACAAGGCCUGCAACAAAGAAUAUAUGUUUUUCCAAUUAAUGUUUACAUGCUCGAAAGCAAAGUUGUUUAUUGUUAUGUUUUGUUUUUCAUGCCGAAUUUGUGUAAUUUAUUUUGUGGUUUGCUGUCGCUUAAACUAUUUCAUUGCAUACCAAAGAUUUAUUAACCAUUAAUAAUAAAAAAAACAGUUUGGCACAAAAAUUA